CUUGACCUAAGGACCAGCUUGUACUCUCUUGACUAUCAACUAAUUAAUUUCCUUAAAAAACUCAUCAUGUCAAGCUGCGUCGAUGUGGUGCCUCAUGAGCAGCUCUGCUACAUCCCUUGCAACUUUUGCAAUAUAGUUCUUGCGGUCAGUGUUCCAUGCAGCAACUUGUUUGACAUUGUCACCGUCCGAUGUGGGCACUGCACCAAUCUAUGGUCUGUGAACAUGGCAGCUGCCUUUCAGUCACUGUCAUGGCAAGAUCAUGUUCAGGCAUCAAACCACAUAUCACAUGAUUACAGAAUUGACAUGGGUUCCUCCUCAAAAUUCAACAACAAGAUCUCAACGAGAACCCCAGCUACCAACAUUGUCACUCAAGAAAGGGUUGUUAAUCGCCCUCCCGAGAAGAGGCAGCGAGUACCUUCUGCAUAUAAUCAGUUCAUAAAAGAGGAGAUUCAGAGGAUCAAGGCCAAUAAUCCUGAGAUCAGUCACAGAGAAGCUUUCAGUACUGCUGCCAAGAAUUGGGCACAUUUCCCUCAUAUUCAAUUUGGAUUGAUGUUGGAGACCAACAACCAAGCUAAGCUGGAUGAUGGAAGUGAUAAGCAUCUAAUGUCAAGGUCAGCACUACUGAACAACUGAUCAAUAUGGUUUUGAUAUUUCAAGACCACCUUCAAGAAAUUCCAUGCUCUUUGAAGUACAUCCUUGACUUCAAUGUGUUGUAAUCAAGGAGGAUAUGAGUCUAUGUUUUCUACAAUAUUGUAUUUGUCCCCGACUGUUUAGCAGAUGUGAUUGCUUACUUGACUUGAUGUAAGUUAUUUACAUUCGUCAUCUAUAUGAAUAUUCCUCCGCCUUUGUGAUGA